AUGAGGUGUCUGGUGGUUCUCCUUGCAUUCCUCGCCCUGUCCCAAGGUGCUGGGGUCACCAGGAUCCCUCUGCACAAGGGGAAGUCACUGAGAAAGAGCCUGAAGGAGCGUGGGCUUCUGGAGGACUUUCUGAGGACGCACCAGACGGCCUUCAGCAGGAAGUACUGCCAUCACGGGGAGGUGGCCAGCGAGCCCCUGAUCAAUUACCUGGAUAGUCAAUACUUUGGGAAGCUCCACAUCGGGACCCCGCCCCAGGAGUUCACCGUGGUGUUUGACACCGGUUCCUCUGACUUCUGGGUGCCCUCCAUCUUCUGCCAGAGUGAUGCCUGCCGAAACCACCGCCGCUUUGACCCGUCCAAGUCCUCCACCUUCCAGAACAUGGGCAAGCCCCUGGCCAUCCAGUACAGCGUGGGCAGCAUGCAGGGCGUCCUGGGUUAUGAUACCGUCACUGUCUCCAACAUCGUGGACCCCCACCAGACCGUGGGCCUGAGCACCCAGGAACCCGGCGACAUCUUCACCCACUCCGAGUUCGACGGGGUCCUGGGCCUGGCCUACCCUUCUCUUGGCUCUGAGUACUCGGUGCCCGUGUUUGACAACAUGAUGAGCCAGGGGCUGGUGGCCCAGGACCUGUUCUCGAUCUACCUGAGCAGAAGUGCCCAGGGGAGCAUGCUCACACUGGGGGCCGUUGACCCGUCCUACUACAGUGGCACUCUGCACUGGGUGCCCGUGACCGUGCAGGAUUACUGGCAGUUCACCAUGGACAGCGUCACCAUUGAUGGCGUGGUGGUGGCCUGCAACGGCGGCUGUCAGGCCAUCCUGGACACGGGCACCUCCCUGCUGGCCGGGCCCAGCAGCGACAUCCUCAACAUCCACUUGGCCAUUGGAGCCACCCAGGACCAGUACGGCCAGUUCGACAUCGACUGUGGGAGACUGAGUAUCAUGCCCACAGUGGUUUUUGAGAUCAAUGGCAGAAAGUACCCCCUGCCCCCCUCUGCCUACACCAACCAGGACCAGGGCUUCUGCACCAGCGGCUUCCAGGGUGACAGUGGGUCCCAGCGGUGGAUCCUGGGGGAUGUCUUCAUCCGGGAGUACUACAGUGUCUUUGACAGGGCCCACAAUCGUGUGGGGCUGGCCAAGGCUGUCUGA